UCUGACACGGCCGCUGGCAACUCCUGGACUUGACACACGCCGGAGUUGUGGAUCUGGAUCUGCCGUUGGAUGAUCCUGGUCCACUCCCCUUAGGGGACCCCGACUUGUUCACACCCAUGUGCGCCUAGGCGCUGCGGUGUCGGGGAUCAGUAACUUUUUUUCGCCUUUGUCGUUUUUUCUUUCGAGUCCUACCUCCGACAUAUCCACAUUGCGAAAAGUGAAGCCAACGUGAACAGCCUCUGCAACAACAUCAUGCGAGGCGCAUUCUUCGAACACAAUUUUUUGUCCUUCCUCCUGGCAAAGUUAUCCAGCUCUUCUAUUUGCAAAAUCCUGUGUCCUGGCGAAUCAAUCUGCUCGCCUUCAGCAGCCUCUGCGACAACAUCAACCAAAGUCACGCGAGGCGCGCUCUUCAAGCGCAAUUUCUUGUCCUGUGUCCUGGCGAUUCAAUCUGCUCGCCCUCAACAGCCUCUGCGACAACGUCAUCCAAGACAACGCGAAGCGUGUUCUUCAAACACAAUUUCUUCUGUGUCCUUCUUGCAAAGUCAGUCAAUCAUACAAGUCCACUCUUUGCAAAAACCGGUGUCCUGGCGAUUCAAUCUACUCGCCCUCAACAGCCUCUGCGACAACGUCACCCAAGACAACGCGAGGCGCGUUCCUUCAAACACAAUUUCGUGUCCUGUGUCUUUUCGCAAAAUCAUCCAGUUAUUUUUGCGAGACCCUGUGUCCCGGCGAUUAAACCCGCCUACCGUGUCUUUCGAUCUGUCCUUCGAGCUUUCGCGAUCUCUGCCGCAUCUAAGGCCGCACCACACAAUGUCCUUUCACCGGCCUGCCCUUGCGUGUCAGCACUCACCUUCCAAUUAAGCGAUCGCCCAGCCGUUCCAUGACGGACAGUUUACGGUGUCUUGCCUGACUUCUAUUGUCCGGUGC